AUGGCCAAAAAACAACAAGAAUUGGAUAUUAUCGAUGGUGCCUUGCAUGGUGUUCUCCAUACUAAUAUGGAUGAUCUAGAUGACGGAUCAAUACUCAUUGCCGAGAAAUUUUCCUGCAUAGCACAAGAAUUGGUAACAGCAAAUGAUAAAAUUGGACAAUAUUCCGAUGAAAUUGAUAGUUUAAGAUCAGAACGACAGAAUAUGAGUAUGCUGCUAGAACAUUUGGAGAAUUUAGUCUCUAGACAUGAAAAAUCAUUACGAAAUACGGUAGUUCGGCGCCAUUCUAAUUCGCCAGCUGUAUCAUCAGAAAUUGAAAUUAUGAAAGCAUUACAAACCCUCUAUCAACAUCAUAAAACCAUGGACGAGAAGCUGCAUCAAAAGCUUGCAUUAGCUACAGAAAAAGCCAAUCAAACCGACGUGAAAUUGUUACGAGCUAGGAAAGAAAUUGUGAAGCUCAGAAAAUGUCUAAAAGAAAUUGCAAAAAGAAAUGGAGAAUCUUUUGAAAAGUUAAUUAAUACCGAUAAUGGCUUAAAUUCAACAAGUUCAUUAACCAACGGGGAUGUUGGACUUAGCUAUGCUAAUCUAGAUUUAAAUUUUGAUCUCGACAAAUGUAAAAAUGAAUUACAAGAGGUACGAGAAGAAAGAGACAUGUUAAAAACCAAACUACUGACAUGUGAACAGCAAAAUACUGUUACUCAAGGCGAAUUAUUUAAGACUGAUGAAGUUAUUAUUGAUCUACAACAGAAAUUGGAAGAGACUUUUGCACAAAAAGAGGAUCUUGAAGUUAGAAUUACAACGCUAGAAGAUCGAUGUUGUGAAACGCAAAGAGAUUUAGAUAAUACUACAAGCGCAAAUCAAUUUUUAAGCGAUGAAUUAACAUGUAAAGAAGAAUCGCAAAAAGAGAUGGAAGAAUUACUACAUGAAUAUAAAGAGAAAUAUAUGGCAAAAGAGAAAGAAUUAAAAGAUACUAUUAAAAAUGCAGAAAUUAUACCUGAUCUAGAAAAUCAACUUCAAGAUACGCUAAAAGAAUUAUCCAAAGCUAACGAGAAUCAGAAAGCAAUGCGUAAUCGAAUUGUAGAUCUUGAAACUAAAAUACAAGAUCAUGAAGCUGAAUUACUAAGGGCACGUAAGAGGCAAAAAGUAAGCGAAGAUGAUAAUAUGAGAUUAUCACGCACAUUGGAUAAAAUGCUAUCGGAAACGAAUCAGAGAUUACAAAUCCAUUUAGAGGAAAGAAUGACUGCUUUAGAAACCAAGAAUGGUUUAAAUCAAGAGUUACAAAGAGUUCGAGAAUUACUAGACGAAAGAACCUACGAAAAGAAAAUGGUGCAGCUACAACUUGAGCGCACUAAACGUGAACUUAUUUCAGCAGAAGAAAAGGUUAUUAAUAUUAAUAUUGAAGAUCGAGUAUCGCCAAGGUCGACAACCGCUUUAACCAAUGGCAGAGAUUCGAUGAGCCAUGAUGAUAUCUUAUUAAGCAGUAGUCUAGCUAUAACUGGUUCAUCUGAAUUGAGCAAAAGCUUUGGCAAAAUUGACGAUCAUAAUGGACGUGGAAAAUUAACAAGUGAAGGUUCUUCAUCGACAACUUCAGACAAAGAUACAGGCACAGCAAAAAGCAUUAUGGAAAAUAACCCUAAAAUGGAGAAUAAUAUUAAUAACAAGUUAUUAAACCUGAAAAUUGAAUCACCUGAAUCAAAGGAGAUGGAGAAUCGAUCUUCUGGUUCCUCGCCUUUGGAGGAAAAUGAAUUAACAAGCCAGGAACAAGAACUGAAAGAUACAUUAGAUCGAGUUAAAUUACUUCAGAAGAGAGUAGCUAAUCGCUGUGAAGAUCAGUAUACAAUCGAGAAAGCUUCCUAUUUGCCACUAUCGCAGAGAAUUGCUACACAAAUGCCUCUAGCAAGAAACGAUGAUCAAUUAUUAUGGGAAGCAGAAAUAUUAACCACGGAGCUAGAAAGGGUAACAAGAAAUUACCAACUUCCAUCUAAAUUUCAAUAUCCAACAAUGAACGAACUGGGUGAAAAUUGUGAACACUUUACAUCAUCAAUUGAUAAUGGUUCAGAUAAAGCCGAUUCUCCUUUACCUUCUCCACCAAAAGUCUCCACGGAGUGGCACAAACAGGAUAGUUUCCUGCAGCGACUAGAGGGAAAUUUAGGCAGCAAAGCUAAUAGUCAAUUUACUUCAAGAGAUUCCCAAGCUUCAAAUGCUUCUACUACAAUUUCAGAUAACAAUUCGUCAAGACCUAAGCUAAAUCGUGAUGAUGAAGUGGACAUUGGAGAGUAUACCGUUUCUGGAUCAUCUGAAAUUAGCGAAGAUAAAGAAUACAAAUUAAAUCAUACGGAAAGCAAUAGUACAUCGUCUCCUCAUAGCAACUCUAUCGAUCGAAAAUCUUCGAUAAAACAUGGGCAGAAUCGUUUACGAAAUUCUUUCCGCAAACUGUUAGGAAUUAAACCCAAAGACGAUUCUUCUUCAACAACCGAUGGUAAAAUUUCAAUGGAUAGCCAGAGCACUAUAUCUGAAAGCCAAGGAAGUACUACACAAGCCAAGACAAAAUCUCAGUUAUUGCAGGAAGUUCGUAGUCAAGGAGUUCCGUUUGAUCAUUGGGAUGCUUUGACUGUUAUCGCUUGGCUGGAGCUAUGGGCUUGUUUGCCAGCCUGGUUUGUAGCGAUGUGUAAGAAUCAUGUCCAGUCUGGAGCUGAUCUAAACGAAAUGACCUCAGAUCGAUUAAAGAAAGAUGUCGGAAUUACACACCCUCUGCAUAGAUUGAAAUUGAUGUUAGCCGUAGAUGAAAUUGUUAAGGUUAUGACUCCUGGUUCAAACUUUCUACCAACGUCCAUAACAUUUGGUAGCUUAAAUUACGAUUGGACUGCAAGUGAAUGGUUAAGCCAUGUUGGAUUAACACAAUACAAAGAAAAAUUUCUAGGAUGCUUAAUUGAUGCUCGCAUGAUGGAGCAUCUAAGUAGAAAAGAUUGGAAAACAUAUAUAAAAGUACUGGAUACAUUUCACUAUCGUAGCUUGCAAUAUGCGUUACUCUGCUUGAAAGAAUACAAAUACGAUUGGAGGAAACUGGUAAAAAAGCAUAAAGAAAACCAGCAUACUGACCAAGAAUUACUAAUAUGGAGUAAUGCUCGUGUAAUAAAAUGGGUUUGCGAUAUUGGACUCGAGAAAUACGCAUAUAACCUGCUGCAAACAGGAAUUAAUGGUGCUGUACUAGCUCUUGAUAGCAAAUUUACCACCGCUGUCUUUGCUCAAAAACUCAAAAUUCCAAACCAUGGAUUGCAGGCUUAUGGUAGACUCCAUUUACAGUUUGAAGCAUUAAUGGCUGUCAAGGGUAACAAAUUAUCAAUUGAUCAGCUAAGUGCAAGUAUGGAUAAAGGAGAAAAUGAACCUAAAUUUAAGAGAGGAUUAUCCUGGCGCCAUAGUUUAAAAAUGAAAAAAGCAAACGAUUCUCUCUAA